AUGUUUGUGCCAGUUGGUGACGGUGACGGCGACGAUGCCGUAAUUGGCGAGGAUCCUCUUGGCAACCUAUCCUAUUUCCUGAGAGGUCAACACAAGAACAACCCAACUGGGGGCUCCGAUUCACCACCAACGCUUCCUCAUACCUUGGACGAUGAGCUGAGGCAGAUUCUGUCGGAAGGCAAUGCGGAAUAUCGCCUGGGCCCUACUUCAGGCUUUGCGUUUGCGAGUCUCACACAGAGUAAACUUGGCGGAUUGGCCAUUGACAAGAGUGAUCAACCUGUGGAAGGCACAACUGAUCAAGAUGAUCUUGGCGAGCUCGCCUUCCACUCCCCCUUGGACUUGUUAAACCCAAACAUCUUUGACCAUACUGAAGUGCCGAAAUCGUGCGAUCCAGGGUCGGCACCCGGGUUUGGUAUGAGCAGCGCCAUGGGAUUCACUGACCACGCUACAAAUUUGGACCCUCGAUUAGAUAUGCAGCAUGUCCAUCGCCUUGUGGAGGUUUACUUUGCUCAUUCUCACAUCCUGUACCCCGUGAUCGACCGCCGGGAAUUCAUGUCAAGCCUUGAAUCAUUUCAAGAGGAGCCAGAGCACGGGUCACCUCAAACUCCGAUGAGUCUUUUUAGAAUAUGGAUGAUUCUAGCAAUUGGAUCCGCCGCCUACUGUUCAGUCGACAUGACUGCUGCCCAAGAGCAUACAAAGCACUAUAACAAAGCUCUCAGUUACUCGGAUGCGGCUGUCACCGCCAAUAGUAUGGCCGCGAUUGAGGUCAUAAUACUCCGCGUCACAUAUUCCCUAUUUAAUCAGCUAGAAGCAAACACAUGGCUGUUGGUGGGUGUAGCAGUGCGAAUCGCCCUUGGUAUGGGACUGCAGUCCUCCGCUACGUACCAGGGACUGCCGUUUAAUAUGGUAGAAAGGCGAAAGCGAUUGUUCUUUUCGCUUUAUAUGAUGGACAGAGUCAUCUCGACAACACUGGGAAGACCAUUUGCCAUCGAUGACGAAGAUAUUGACAUAUCACCAUUUGUAGUGACUAAUGAUGAGGAAGCCCACAUUGGUGAGGCCGACAGCCAAAAGUCCUUGGACCUGUCUUCAAUGGCUAUACCGCUCCAUAUUCUCAAACUCAGAAGGAUAUCCAGUCGGAUACAGGCUUUAUUAUACACAAACAAGCAUAAAGACGAUCAGGUAAAUGAUGAAAAAGACGAAAUCAUCCACGGAAUACAUAAAGACCUCAUACAGUGGCGUCGGGAUAUGCCAUUUCCUCUUCCCAAAAUCGAUGCCCCGGUACCUCACUUCACAAGUACCUGGUACGACUUCAACUACCAUACUCACCUUGCCAUUCUUUAUCGCCCUACACCACUGCUACCUACCUUGGAUGAACGUCGCAUGAAGAUUCUCACUGAUGCGGCCUCAUCUUCUAUUCGUCUUGCUUCGAGCAUGUAUCGUCAGGGAAUAUUCUCGCAUCACUGGCUGAACCUUCAUGCGGUGUACAUGUCUACGGUUACCUUGGUGUACGUGAUUGCCGUUCAGCUGGAUGACUCUACAAAACACUUGGUGCGGACUAAAGCAGCUGAGGAUGUUCAGCUAGCUUUGCAGUUGUUCGAAUCCAUGGGGCUACGAUAUCCUGCGGCGAGGAGGGCAAAGGCUCUUUUUAGUGUCAUCUUGCGAAGAUGUCAUGAAGUAGGGUAG